UCUGACUCUAAUUCUACCACCUAUGAUUUAUAUUAAUAUAUUCUAACAUUUUGAUAAAAGAGAGCAUAGAACUUCAUUGGAAGAUGAGACCAGAUCUUCUGAGAAUGAAAGAGGUUGCCCUUAUUUACCUUGAUAGGAGUGGUGGCCUUCAGAAAUUUGUGGACGAUUGCAAACGAUAUAAUGACUCAAAGCAAAGUUAUGCUGUUUAUCGAUUCAUUAUUUCGAUAAAUCCUUCUGAUAUUGCUGAGUUGGAUGCAGCUCUUGGCAAUCAGAUUCUACACAAACCCAUGAAAGCUGCACAGAUUUUUCAGUCGGUCUGUUUCAUAGCUAUUAAAACACUGUCAUUAAUUGAACAAUUACAGACAGAGGCCCAAAUUAAUAUAGUGUUGAAACCAACACACUUGCCUCCUCUGCCAAGUUAUGUUCUCAGCCUUUGUGAGUUUCCACUUGAUUACAUGUCUCAGAGAUUUUAUAUGUCAGAGGGAAUAGUGAUUGCAAUGGGAACUGUAACGAAAUACACACAAGGAGCAAGAUUCCUUUGUUCUGAGGAAACCUGUCCAUUUUCUGAAGGGUUUAAUUAUAUAAGAGUGCAUAUCCCUGGAGCUACAGAGUCUGCAACAGUGAGGAAUGAUUUUGUAUGCAGUUUAUGUGCUUCACCACUGCGAGAAGACAUGAAAUUUAGAGUACUUGGUGAUAAACAGCUAGUUGAAAUGAUAGAUGCAAAAGCUCUGAGUGCUUUCCAAGGAUAUUCCAACAACAAACCACAUUUCAGGAUUCAGUCUUUUACAGUUUUCCUAAGAGAUGAAUUGUCGAACAAAAUGAAAAUAGGAAACAGGUAUAGGUUUAUAGGAAUUCCGGCUUGCAUACAAAACUGCUCACAAGUUACAGUCUGUAUAGAAGUCAACAGUAUACAGCUCUGUAGUCCAGAAGGUACUUCUGGUAUCAGUGAGAAUUUUAAGUAUCUGCUCUCCUUGACUUCAAGUUCAUGUUGGAGGUUUACAGCCAUACUUGCCAACAUCUUUGCUUCUCAAGUUGUCCCACCAGGCACUUACAAUACUCUUAAACUGUCCAUACUGUUGAGUCUAGUCCAGACAUGUGACAGAGAGAGAGAGACAGCAGAUUACCUGGAUCUUUUGAUUGUGACCAGUGACACCCUAAUAGCAGAUAGGCUUUUGAAUUACAGUGUUUGUCUUGUAGCCCGUGGCAUACGGCACCCAGCAUCUAAUGACAUUUUUCCUACUGUGUCCAAAGAUAAGCAUGGAACUGGAACUGCUAGCAUUCAGGCAUGCAGUGCUCUGCUGGCCAAAGGUGGUAUCUGCUUCAUAGGAGAUUUGUUGUCACAUAAAAAGGAUAAACUUGAACUUCUGCAGUCAGUGCUGGAGAGCAGAACCACUACAGUAUUUAUUCCUGGAAAGAAGUAUGGAGAAGAUGUUGACCAGCAAGUUAUCCUUCCAAUUCAGACCAGUUUCUGGACUUUUGUAGAUGAGGAUUUGUCAUCCAAAACAUAUGUACAAAAGGAUAAUACUCUAAUUGGCAAGUUGGACUUGAGAUCAAUAGCAGCUAACCUUAUAGAUGCUUUUGGGCUUUUGAUACACUGCAAUGAAUUUUCUUGCCAACGAGCUCUUCCUCUUCUGGAUCACAUCAUGAAAAAAGCCAUUGAUGCAGAAGAAGUACCUUAUACCAUCUCCCAGCAGUUCAGAACACAAGAUUAUGAAGAGCUUAUUGUAUUUGCUAAGAAUUUGCAAGUAGAACUCAGUUCAGAAGCAGAAAGACUCAUUCAUGGCUACUACCUAGCAAGUCGCAGAGUCAGAACAGAUUCUAUUCAUGGAUCAAAACUAUCAACAUCUGCACUGAAAAUCCUGGUUUCAUUGUCUAAAGCACACACUAAACUGAGUUUAAGGAAGAAAGUACUUGAGGAAGAUGUAUUGAUUGCUGUUUUGUUAUUUGAAUCAUCUCUCACUUUAAAACAUGGUGCCUCUGUAUUUUGUGUGGCUCCAAAUGCAGUGUUUCCAUUUGACCUCAUUGAUGAAAACUCUCUGCAGCAAAGAGAUGUUUAUCUGAUGCAGUGCCAUCAGCAACUGUUACAGUUUAUUGCCACAUAUGGCCCUGGAACACACGUUACCACUAGUGAAGAAUAAAGACCCCAUUCUGAAAACAGAGCUUGUUCCUAUUUCAUCAUAAAGUUGGGAUUUUUUUGGGAAAAUGUAAACAAAUUUAAUAAGUUUUAGAGUAUUGCUACUGCAAAAUGUAUAUGAAAGUUGAUGUUUUAUGAAAUUGCUACUCCUACGAAUAAGCCAACUCGAAAUUAAACGAUAUUGCACAUUAAGUUUCUCAGACUUAGCAUAUCACUAGACUGGUGGCUUCUCAAAGCUGUGACCUCUAAAGAUAAGAUGACCCAGAGAAGAAAAGCAAAGCACCAUACUCAUGCUGCUGUAAAUACUAAGUAGGUGACAAUGCUCACACCCCCACAACUAUUAAAAUGUACCCAGGGAAUGGUAGUGAAAAACUUAUAUUGGGAAUAAGAGGAAAACAAAAGUUUAAAUAAAAAUGGUUUAAAAA